AUGCACAAACCACGGAUAGCCUCCUUGAACAAAGCGAAGGGGUUGGCAAGGGCGUCUUUGCCCCUCCCGUCUCUCCUCCCUUUCCUCUCUAGCCGGUCAGUCAGUUGUCGCCCCUGGUCUUCUGUCUCUUCUUCCUCGCGUUCGUCCCCGACGCCGUCUGUUUCCUCCCCCGCCGCCCCGCCCCCCUCGUUGUCGGUCUCCGCAUCUCUCGCGUCUCCUCCCUCUCCUGUAUCCGUCAGUUCGUCCUGUUUGCUUGCUACAUCUCCCUUUUAUGCGUCUUCCCUGUCCACUUCUCCCGCUUCUUUCUCUUCUCUGCCUGCUCGCCGCGCCACUCGCUCCCUGAUCACCGAGUCCGUCUCCGUUUCCGCUGGCUGUUCUCUUCCCGCCGCUCUCUCCAACCUCCCCGUCGCGCUCUCUCGCCAUCUCGCUCGCUGCUUUUCUUCGUCGCAUCUCUCCCGCAAACUCCGCCUGCACCAGGAACGGGCCUCUCGCGGCCACAUCGAGUACCUGCGUCAGCUGGAGCGGCCGCCCACGCCUUCGCCUUUUCCGCUUCCUCCUUCGCCGUCUCCCGCGUCGCCUGCCUCCGCCGCAGCAGCGAAAGCGGCAGCGUUCGCGGAGGAGGCAGCUGCACAUACACCGGAGCCGAAUAUCCUGGUGCGUUCCGCAGAGGACUGGAUCAAGCGCGACUUCUUUUUUCCGCUGUCGCGCCAGCCGGACACGGGAACGGCCGGAGAGGCCGCGAGAGCCCUCGAGCGUGAACUCUGUUCCCCGCGGAAGGGAAUUGAGGGCGAGACAGAAGGCGACCUCGCUUCUCUCCUCCUUACACCGGAAGGCCCCCAGUACGCUGGCCUCCUGCAGAAGAUCGAACUUCCUGGAUUCGGGGAAAUCAACGUGGUCCACGGGAACCUCCUCGCGGGCGACCGCGAAGGGGCCGAGCCCGACGGCAGAGGCGAAGAGACUCCGCGCACUAGGGAAGAAGGGACUGUUUGGAAGCGGAGGGAAUCGCACGAAAACGCGCUUCACGCAGACGCCCUCCUGGUCCCCGUCCCGCCCAACUUUCUCCCCUACAGAGGCUUCGGCCUCGAGGUUCUGGAACGGGGUGGUACUGCCCUCCAGAAGGCGGCAUUCAUCGAAGUGAAACAAAAGCUCCAGCAAAGAGAAGCUGCUCGGGAUGUGUUGUCCACGGCAGGAAGCGAAGAAGGCAGUCAACCAAGAGCCCGUCACUUCAACUUUUCCUCUGGACGCGUUCCGCAGGAAUCCGUGUCUGAAAGCGGACUUGAUCCAGGCGACGUCAUUCUCACGCCGACUUUCGGCGUCUGCCGUAGCGUCAGCCUGCUCGCAUUUCUAGUCACGCCCUACUAUUGGCAGGGAAACAGCACUGAAGCCGCUCGGCGUCUUCGCUUCACAAUGAGACGCGCCCUCGCGGAGUUAAAUCGACAAGGCCCCGGGUCACUGCUUCUCCCUUUUGUCGGUCUCGGAUUGUACGGCUACGAACCGAGAGGCGCGGCGGAAAUCCUUAUCGAAACAGCGGUCGAGCAACUUCUCCAGGUUGACGCCGUGGAGCCGAAUUACUCUCUGCGAAAAAUUACUUUUGUGGACCGCGAUGCGACGAAUGCGGCGUUGCUUGCGGAGGCAGCGCAGGCAGCUAAGCGGGCGUGGCUGCCGGAGCACCAGGUUGUGCCGGCACCGGUUUACUGGAGCCAGAACAGCAGGCGUCUCUUGGACGUUACCGAGGGAAUGCUUAUGUUCUGCCGCAAGCACACGCGCCUUUCCUUCAAAAAGCACCAUGGCGUCAUUCGCCGACAGAAGACCCACUAUUUCUCCAAUGUUCGGCCGUUUCUCUGGCGUGCGUCUCGCGUACUCGAGCCCCCACCUCUCCUGCUGUACAAACACUCUGGAGCUACUGCGGAUUGGCAGCUGCCUGCUCGGCCUUUCUAUCGGCAGGGUGUUUCGGGGAUGCUCUUCCCCCCCAGGCUCCGGCGCGGCUUCCCAUCUAUGCGUGUGAACGCCAAGGGCCAGUUUGUCGGGGUGAACAAAAUGCCUUAUAUCGCUGAGAAGGCACAGCCUCGUUUGUAG